UUCUGCACAAUUCACCACUUUUUUAUUUUCUGCAUGACAUAAUUUGCCUCCUUUACAUAACACUUUUAGCCUACGAAAAUCAUUAUCUUCUUGCAUUGUAUACUCACUACAAAACCCUAAACCCCAAUCCUCCAAUUUCUCCAUUUCUCAAUCAAACAAAUGUCUCAAUCUCAAACGUUACCUCUCAAAAGACCACAAGGUGAAAACCCCUCCGAUGAUGCUUCCACUGCUAUCAAACCUUCUCGCCUCAAAAUUUCACUACCCUCUGAAGAUAGCGACAAAAAGAAUCUCAACAAGAGGGUCAAAGAUGUUGAAAUUUGUGUCCCUAUAGUUUAUGGGACUAUUGCAUUUUAUCUGGGUAGGAAGGCUAGUGAGUCUCAAUCUCAUAGAUGGACUGUUUAUGUACGUGGUGCUUCUAAUGAAGAUCUUAGUGCAGUGAUUAAAAGGGUUGUGUUUCAGUUGCAUCCUAGUUUCAAUAAUCCUACAAGAGUUGUUGAAUCACCCCCUUUUGAAGUAACAGAAUGUGGUUGGGGUGAAUUUGAAAUUGCUAUCACCCUCUUUUUCCACAGUGAUGCUUGUGAAAAACAGUUGGACUUGUAUCACCAUUUGAAAUUAUAUCCUGAAGAUGAGUCUGGUCCUCAGACUACGAAGAAACCUGUUGUAAUUGAAUCUUAUAACGAGGUUGUGUUUCCUGAACCUUUGGAGGGUUUUCUUGCACGCAUUCAGAAUCAUCCAGCUGUUGUUGUUCCUAGGUUACCACCUGGUUUGACUUUACCAAACCCGGUACCAAUUGAUCAUAUGAAUGACAAGCAAAGAGGUGACACCAAAGAUCAUCCACUGAGUCAGUGGUUCCUGAACUUCUCGGAGGCCGAUGAGCUCUUAAAACUAGCUACAGCUCGCCAACAGGUGCAAGCUCACAUUGUUAAGCUACGAAGGCAACUGAAUAUGUUGGAAGGACAGUCGAAACAGCCUUCUGGUUAUGAAUGUACAUGAUCUCUCUAUAUCUUAAAACUAUUCUUUGGGGAGGAUUUCCCUGUAGGGUUACGCUCGGAAGAUUAGUCGCGAAUAGUUACGUAUAUUAUAUACAUGUGUAUCAUCUUCGUUGUAGAUUGUUUUGAAUAUAUUUCAAUCUUUAGAACAAACCAAUCCAACAGUUUGGAAUUUUAGAAGAAGAGACAUGGUACUUGGCAUUUAUGCUCUAACUUUUAUAUGAUGAAUGAAUGAUAGAUAUUUGUGUAUCAA